UUCGACGGGGUCUCUCAUCUCACCGCCGUCCGAGUGCAAAGUCGAACCCAGACGCUCUACGGCCUUGGGCUCAUGAGAAGAGGGAACCCUGAGAGGAUGCAGAGGGGCGCGGUGGAGAAUCGGGUUAAAGACGUAGGCAUAACGACUGCAUUGAGAAGAAGGCAGCAGACUUGGAGUAGCGAUUUCGAGCAGUGCGUCCCCGAACCUCGGACCAAGGUAUUUCCAAAUACUUCAAUGAGGGGCAUGCUGCCAAUCUCGAAUACGCGAGUCCGAACACAGCGUUUGCGCUGUCAUUGGGCUCUAAAUCGAUCCGUUGUCGACUUCAGAUGGUUUCAACGCGACACAUUCUCGCCGUCGCCCGCAGCGCUGUGAAACGCCUUCGCUUACGGCUAUACGGAGCGGAGCGGAGCGUGCGGCUUCGGGGUCAUCUUCUCAGCGAUUCCCCUCCCAUGCGGGUGUUUCUGGGCGUUUGGGGGCGGAUAGGUAAGUACGCAAUGGUCGUCGUGGGACACGUCGUUUUGCUUGUUCGCGGUCCAUGUGGUUAUGACGCCUCCUCCCACCCACGUCUCACGGUCGUAUCCAAGCUUUGAAAUACCCUGAACAACCCCCUUUCUCCUUUUGGCUCCUCAACUGCUUUCAGAUAUUCUUGGACAACUAGGAUCUUGGUUACCCUGCGACUCUAGGGAUUGGACUUGGCCUUCUUGUACACCCGCGACAUCACCCUUGUAAUACAAACGGAACACCCACCUGUUCCCUUUCUUGUUGUGCAUAUUUAUCACCAGGGGGAAAGGCGGCCCGAUGAGGCCGUCUCCGGUCAUUCUCUUGUCGGCGGCAUUGCUGUGCCAGCAGACAACGGCACUGUCGCUGCCGAAGAACCGUGAGCGGGACCUGUCGAGCCUGCUCUCGGGGAAACUCGACGUCCUUGAUCUCCUCGACAGGGUGCCCGGCGCAGUAGAUAAGGUCGUCAACACUACGAUCCUCGUUGUGAGAGCGCUAAGGGAGACCGUUACGGAGAAUGGGAUCACUCAAGACGAUUUGAACACUGCGCUGGGCAUCAACAGCACCACAGGCUUGCCCGUAGGAAACUCGACGUCGUCGGCCGUGACGUGUCCGGACGUUGCUGUUAUCUUUGCAAGGGGGACAAAUGAGCCAGGCAACGUGGGCUUCCUCACGGGUCCGCCCUUCUUCGACGCCCUCCGGACAUACAUGAACGGUACCGGAACCAUCUCCAUCCAGGGCGUCAAUCAGUACCCCGCGGACCCACCGGGCUUCUUCGCGGGCGGCUCCACGACAGGCGCUACCUCGGCCGCGGCGGUCGCCUCCCGCACGCUGUCCAUGUGCCCCAACACGCGCCUCACGGUGUCGGGCUAUUCGCAGGGCUCGCAGGUGGCCCGCCUCGCCAUUGCGCAGCUGCCGCCCAACCAGCAGGCUCGCAUCGCGAGCGUCGUCCUGUUCGGCGACCCGCUCGGCGGCGCGGCGGUCCCCGGCGUCGACGGCACGCGCCUGCUCGUUGUCUGCCACACGGGCGACAACAUCUGCCAGGGCGGCAACUUCAUCUUCUCGCCGCACCUUGACUACAGCCUCGACGCGCCGACGGCAGCGCUCUUCGUGAUGCAGAGGAGCAGACUCGGCCUCGCGAGCCGGGACGCCCAGAACGAGGGCAUGGGCGCGACGGUGGUCGGCACGGUGCAAGGAAUCAUGCAGUCUCCCAAGAACGGGAUAGCGAGCGAUUAGACACACGGGUAUCUCCUGUCUUUCCUUUACCUCGUCUCAUUUUUUCCGCCGCAAAGAGAUGGCGUUUCCAUGUAUGUAUGUCGUAAGAUCACGAAGCGCCUUGGUUUCCCAUCUUCAUUCCUCAAUUGCGUAGCUAUUAUUGGGCUGUAUGUAAAUGAGAACGAGCAGAGAAGACGAACAGUUGUAUCGAUACACUCCCCCGUUUGCGAUGAAAUGGGUAGGUCCAAGCCGCAAGAAAUCAUGGUCGCUUAAGAAUGCCGGCCUCCCCAUCGCAACAAAUGCACAUGUCUAGCUGAGUUUUGUACACGGUAUAACU